AUGAGACAAGCAGACGGGGUGAGAGGCGCGUGGUUCGCGCAAAUUGUCGCACCGUCAAGGGCCGCGGCGGGGACGGCGCGAGUGGCGUCGCACUCAAUACAAGCCCGCGGCCCUCGACGGAGGCGAACGCGCGCGGAUGCUUUUGAGCGCGAUACUAUUGUACUACAUUAUUCCGUAACGACGCGUCCGCUCAAUUUGCCGCCGCGCCGACAGCGAACGCGUCGCGCGGCGGCGGAACACGCUCAAAGCCCCCAUUAUCCGGCGCGAAACGCCCGCCGCGCUCAAGCCCCGCCGCCCGCACACGUGCUAAAACCACAAAUUAAGAGACAAUCCGCGCCGCGAUGUGCCACUCGGCUUUUUUCCACAGAGCCCGCGCUAAAAGCCGCCGGUGCAGCGACCCGUGUAAAUAAAUGCAGCAGCGCCGACGCGACACGAAUAAAGCCAAACGCCACCGAGAACCUGAAAGCGACGGCCGCACAGAGGAACCACUCUCGCAUCGGGAGGGCGUUUAAAACAAUUUACCACAAGUGGCACUUUAAACAAAUUCGCGGUACAAAUGGAGCGGUGCCGUCUCGGCGUGGCCGAGGCAAAAACCCGAGCGAAGACGUCGAGUUCCGUAGGAUAGUAAAAAAGAUCUUCCGGAAGAACCGCGAC